AAUGGCAGUCGAGAGUCGACAAAUAAAGUGCACUUUUUGACGGCAGACCCUGACGCAGAGAUUUAUGUGUUUAAAAUUUAAAACAAGUUUAAGAAUGUUGAUGAACUAUUUCGUUAAUUAUUGUUGAAAGAUUAUAAACAAAAGUGAAUUGGUUGGUCUCUUAUUAACAACAAAGUAUACGUUAAAGUACAACAGAAGUAGAACAGAAACAAAAGAGAUAUCUACACUUUUUUGUUUAAGAAUGCCGUCCGGUGGGCCAGUGUAUCAGCCUACAACGGUUUCGUAUGAAAGCCGGCCUGGAGGACUAUUGGGACAAACAUCUGCAGUUUCACCCAUGAAAGUACUUAAAAAACCAAUGCCUCAAGUAGCAUUGUUGCUCUUUGCAUUGAUAUCGAUUGCUGCUGGAGUGGCAAUGAUAGCUAGUGGUGCUGCGGAUUUUGCUGACAGCGAAGAACACAAAGAAGAGUUAGGAAUUGAAACUGUUGAGACAUCUGAAGGCAUUGAUAUUGGUGUCGUUACGGGUGGAGUUUUUAUGACAAUAAUUGGGUUUUGUUUAAUUGGUCUAUACAUCAAAGUUGCUGACUGGAGACGCAACUGCGUAUGUCCAUGUUAUUUUAGCAAGAAGCAAAGCCUAGCUCGUCAAUUGCAAGGUAAUACAGGUGGUCAAAUUUUGGCAUUGAAUCCAUCAACAGAUCCCUUAGUGUCGCAUACACAAUAUGCCCCUGUGUCGGAAAUACCGCCAAGACUAGAAGAUGAGGAGCGGCGUAAUUUAAUGCCCGAUAAUAAAGAAUGCCUCAGCAGUGCCGAAGAAUCUGACCGAAUGCUUGACCCAGAUCCGAGGAUAGUGCUGCGUCCAAUUGGCCGUGUGGAAGAAGCCUAAGCAGAAUAUGUGAAUUUUAUUUACUUAAUGAACAAAUUUAUUGUUAUUUUUUUGAGACUAAAAAUGCCAAGAGCAAAAAAUCAAUUUAUCUCGAAUUUACAAAAAAAAAAAAAACAGAUUUGAAUAUCGUAAUAGUAGUCCAGACUUGCAGACAGUUUGAAAGCAACAGAAUAUAUUAAUCAAAUUUAAUUUUAUUCUAAUUUUCUCAAAUAUACUUAAAACGUUUCCAAACGUUACAUUUUUACUUUGCUUUAACGCACCUUUUAGUUUUGAUAUGCAAACCAAACAUUCAGAAUUUAAAUUAAUAGGGUGUAACUUUAAAGUGGUAUCAAUGUUACCAACUCACAAUACUUAAUAUUAGUUCAAUAAGAGCAUUUAUCAUUGAAAAAAUCCAAAAUUAUAAAACAUUAAACAUGUAUUUAUGAAAUAACAUUAAAUCAUAUAUUAUAUUUUAACGUUGACGUCCAUUUUACUUAGCGAAGAAAAAAAAAACUCAAAUCAGUGAAAAAAUUACGAAAAAGAAAUCGGUCAAACUCGAUUUUAUAUCCACAAGUAUCUGAUUAUACAAUAAAACAUGAAAUUUAGAACAAUCUGUCCAAACAAAAAUGUAUCUUUAAACUACAGAAUACAUAGUAAAUUAUAAAAUAAAAUCACACAGACAAAUUAUAAUUUAAUUUAACAAAGACUGUUUUUUUUAUAUACAUAUGUAUGUAUGUAUACAUAUAAAUUAUUAUAUGUUAAUUUAUUUGUUUUUAUGUCCUUUUAUAACCUUUAGUUUUUGAUCAUGUUUUAAAAACCCAUUACAAAUUGUCACGUAUUUAUUUUUAGUUUUAUAAUUUAUUUUUCUUUUCAUAUAAGCUAACAAGUUAGUCCGGGAUAAUAAAUAAACAAACAGAGCGAGAAAGCGCCAAAUUAAAGUUGAAAACAAAGCCAAUCAGUAACAAAAACAAACAGAUAUAUAUUAUGUAUAUUUAAGUAUUUGGAAAGAGGAUAAAAUCUUGACCAUUUAUCUACCGAAAAUCAAACUAGUGAAGGACAUAUUUUUGUAUGAAACCAGAGAAAACCCAACUUAUAUUUAUGAAGAAAAAUGAAA